AUCAGAGGCCUCGGGGCGUCACCGACCCGGGCGCGUCGCGGGUGGCCGAGUGUUGCCGCGGCCAUUCUCCGGGGCUGGGGUUGGCUGGGCGCCGAGGGGACUGUCGCCGCCAAGGCGAGGGGAGCGUUCGGACGUGGUGGGAGCCGGACGGGCCUGGGAGGAUCAAACUACUGCAGAACGGGGUCCUAUUGGGUAGGCAAAGUGUUUCCAGCACUUGGACUUCCUUUGGUUCAACCAUGAUUCACAGCCUCUUCCUGAUUAACUCCUCAGGGGAUAUUUUUCUGGAGAAGCACUGGAAAAGUGUUGUCAGCCGCUCUGUUUGUGACUACUUUUUUGAAGCACAGGAGAGGGCUACAGAGGCAGAAAAUGUACCUCCUGUGAUCCCCACACCUCAUCACUACCUCCUGAAUGUAUAUCGUCAUAAGAUUUUUUUCGUGGCAGUGAUUCAGACAGAAGUGCCGCCCCUAUUUGUCAUUGAAUUCUUACAUCGGGUUGUGGACACUUUCCAGGAUUAUUUUGGUGUCUGCUCGGAGGUAGUGAUCAAGGACAAUGUUGUGGUGGUUUAUGAGGUGCUGGAGGAGAUGCUGGACAAUGGAUUCCCAUUGGCUACUGAGUCCAAUAUCCUGAAGGAGCUGAUAAAACCCCCCACCAUUUUGCGAACUGUUGUCAAUACCAUUACAGGAAGCACUAAUGUAGGUGACCAGCUCCCUACUGGACAGCUAUCAGUGGUGCCAUGGCGACGGACCGGUGUGAAAUACACCAAUAAUGAGGCAUAUUUUGAUGUGAUUGAGGAGAUAGAUGCAAUCAUUGACAAAUCAGGUUCCACAAUUACAGCUGAAAUCCAAGGCGUGAUUGAUGCCUGUGUUAAAUUGACUGGGAUGCCAGACCUCACCCUCUCUUUCAUGAAUCCCCGGUUACUGGAUGAUGUCAGCUUCCAUCCAUGUGUGCGAUUCAAGCGCUGGGAAUCAGAGCGGAUCCUCUCUUUCAUCCCACCAGAUGGAAAUUUCCGAUUGCUCUCCUAUCAUGUCAGUGCUCAGAACUUGGUGGCAAUUCCUGUCUAUGUUAAACACAACAUCAGUUUCCGUGACAGCAGCUCAUUGGGACGCUUUGAGAUCACAGUGGGACCCAAGCAGACUAUGGGAAAGACUGUAGAGGGGGUGAUGGUCACCAGCCAGAUGCCAAAAGGGGUCUUGAACAUGAGCCUCACCCCCUCACAGGGAAUGCACACCUUUGAUCCAGUUACAAAGUUGCUCUCAUGGGAUGUAGGGAAAAUAAACCCCCAGAAGCUGCCGAGUCUGAAGGGAACUAUGAGCCUUCAAGCUGGCACAUCCAAACCUGAUGAGAAUCCCACCAUCAAUCUUCAGUUUAAAAUUCAGCAGCUGGCUAUCUCUGGGCUGAAGGUAAAUCGCCUGGACAUGUAUGGGGAGAAGUACAAACCGUUCAAGGGCAUAAAAUACAUGACCAAGGCUGGCAAGUUCCAAGUCCGAACUUAGAGAGCCCAAGAGUGAGGCAAGAACCACAAGCAUUUUCUCAUUUCCUAUGUACCCAGUUGUUGGAUCCAGCCUCUGCCCGCUAUCAACCCCCAUGGGGCUGCCCCCUUGCUUUUUUCUAGUUCCUCCAGGGAUGCCAGUACCCAGGUGGAUUGGCAAUGGCAUAUACAGGGAAGAACAGGACUGACCUGAAACCAUCUCAACUUUAGCUGAGUCUUAAGUUCUCAAGUGGCGGCAAAGGAAAAUGUGAGAAAUGUUCCAGUUCCUCGGGGAUGUGGGUUCCGAUAUGUCAACUCAGUUCUUUCUACCUUUAACCUGCUUGGCAAAGGACACUCUGGAGGCCUACUCCCCUUGUGAGCCCCGUACCAUGCAUUGCUAGGUUGGCUAGCAUUUCUAUGCAGAUCGAACAAGGUUCAGUUAAAGAAGCUGGACUCAAAAUUUAAUGGUUUAGAAUUUGCUCCUCUCCCUAACUGGCGAUUCUUGUUAGAACUGGAAGGAGAGAUAGGAUUAGUCAUGUGAGAAGAGGUCAGUUGCAAUAUUUCUUUGGAGAGGCAAAGGGAAAUGGAGGCAUCUCCUUUCCAGAAGUGGGAAGGAGGGAGCAGGAGCCUGUUCAGAAGGUUCACAAGGGGAGCAGGGAGGAAGUUGGAAGAGUGAAUCUGGUUAUCUCUUGCUACACAGAGCUCUCUUGAUCAUUACAUAACUUGAGCCUCUGAGGAGAGACUGGAAAUUCCCAACUAAACCUAGCCUUAUGCCCUGCCAAGAGCUGACUGGAGCAGGGAUUACCUUGUGAUGUCUGAAGGAUGGGGGUAUCUGAACAUGCUUACUGUCGUGAGACCCUGCUUCUCUUCUCUAUUCAGUAUUUUGGGGGGCGGGGGAGUGUUCUCUUGGUUCCCUUGUUGGGGGAGGUGGGACAGUUGUAUAUAUAAUUAUUUAAGCAUCUGUGUGAAGUGACGUAUGAUGGCAACCCUAAUGGCUGCUAAAUGAAGAGGAUAGGCUCUGUCCUGGCAAAGCGUAGGGGAGAGCGAUGCCUCUCUCCUUAUCUGUAACAAUGGCUAUGGUGGUUCUGUUGCUCACUGAUGUGUUUGUUUAAGGUCCCAUGUCCUAGUAUGUUUAUGAUGUUCCUGGCUGUUAUACUUGAUUCCACUCCCUGCCUUGUUUUGCUACUAUGCCGAUAGACUUUAGCCUCUUUUGUCAUUCCUCUGGGGUCAUCUGUCCUAUGAGAGACUAUGCCGCAUUUGUUCCCAUUCCAGCCUGUGCUGCAUCUCGCUGCACAGAGUAAUGUAUACAUGGACAGUGUGCAUAUUGCUCCAUGUUGCCCAUGAUGUGCUCUUCAGCCACUGAAUGCCAUAUGUGCUCUUCUGGGGUAACAGAACUUACCUGUGGUCUACUGGGCAUAUGACUACAUAACCCAGAAAGCUUCCUUGGCUGUGCAGUCAAGCACACAUAACCUGUGUGUAUGUGACCAAGAGGAGUGACACCCACUGUGGGAUAACAUGCAUUCUGCUCUGAUCUGUGUGUGAUGUAUGUUUGUAAUGGGUGAUUGUUACCUCAUUUUGGAAUUAGAUUCCUGUGCAGCUAAUAUGAAUGCUACUGCAGGGUGGCCUAGGAUCUGAGCAUGCUCAGUGCAAAUGUAACAGUUCUUCCAGGGUAUCAAUAAAAGUCAAUUUUACCCGU